AUGACAUCGAUAUACUAUUUAUUAAUAAUAAGCUGUAUUCUUCACACGACAAUAUCGAAAAAUGAGUCGAAUAUUCUUAGACUCGGUAAACCUCGAGAUAGAUCGUCGAUCACCACCGAGACACCGAAUUCGAAUAGCACCGAUCAAGGAGACGAGAAAGAGGCGUCGAAGGAACGUCGCCCUUUAAUUGAAUUCAGCAAGAACAAUCCGGAACUGGAUUGGAAGAACUACCUGAAAUUGUUCGACGAGAAGGAAGAAGAACAGAGGGAUCUCGACGUCGAUUUCAUGAAAGAGAAGCUCGAGAAAACGGCCAACAGCGUCCAAUGGUUGGCGGAUCUUUACGAUCCUCUCAAGUGGUCCAGAUUACCUGGUAAACUCGACGACAAUUGCAGAAGAGACAUGGAGUUCUUCUUGAAGUCUCUCCAGGAUGGGAAACUCUGGGCGGCUAAGAUGUCAGACGCGAGCGGUCGUUAUUCGUCGCAAUUUUAUUUCGGCAACGGUUUCUGGCUCGGUUCGAGCAGCCUCUGCAAAGAACUGAACGGAACCGGUGGAAACAUUGGUUCGGGGAUCGAGGACAGGCCGCCCUAUCCGGUGAAAUUCCACGUGGCCAGGAUGUACCUCGCUUUACCCAAGGAAAUAGACUUCUCCACACGACAACUAUUCCUCGGUCUCUGUUUACCAGCUACCUGCGGUCAAGUAUCUCUGACCUCGAUGUUGAGAGCAAACGCGGAUCGAGUCGAACUAGAAGGUAAUUCGACUUAUCGAUCGAUCGGACCGAAAAUUCACAUCAUUUCGGUGAAACAAGUACCAUCCAGCGACUACACCGCUUGGCACGACCCCAAGUUUUACGUCCUCUCAGGAAUCGGUGGCACGAUAGUGUUUCUGAUGCUAUGCGCCACGAUUUACGAAUACAGAACACUGCCGAACGUAAGCGACGUAGAAUCCUCGAGCGUGUCGAAUAACAACGAGAGGCUCAGCAAUUUCUCCAACAAAAAUUUAAAUCAGGAUCACGCGUCGGCACAGGAGAACGGAGAGGAGCUGAUCGAGAAAGGAAAGAGUUUACAGAAGGAUCUACCCGAUCUUCCAAAGAAGGAGAGUAAAAGAGGAUUCUGGUUGACGUGCCUGACAGCGUUCAAUCCUAUCGCGAACGGAAGCAAAAUCCUUAGUACAGAGCCUGCGGCCAGAGAUAGUUUGACUUGUUUGCACGGGCUAAGGGUGCUCUCUCUUGGGUGGGUGGUUAUGGUGCACACCUAUCUGCAGGUUUACUCCAUCGCCGAGAACAAGACCUUACGCACGGUGACCGAGAGAAACUUUAUGUUUCAAACUAUCAGCAACGCUACAUUUUCCGUGGACACGUUCUUCUUCAUCAGCGGUUUGCUGGUGACGAUCUUGUUCUAUCGAUCGUCUGGAAGCUUAAAGAACGAUAAGGACAGUUUCAUGAAGACCUGCUUUAACAAAUUUAUCAUCAUGAUCCUUUACAGAUUUAUCAGAUUGACACCGGCGUACCUCUUUGUCCUGGGGAUAAACGAGAUCGCCAUAAAGCACACGAUAUCGAGGACAGUAUUCUCGCCAGAGAUCAUCGAUCACUUGACCUGCGAGAAAUUCUGGUGGAGGAACGCCCUCUACUUAAACUCCUUGUAUCCUCGAAAGGAAAUGUGUAUGCUGUGGAGUUGGUACAUGGCAAAUGACACCCAGUUCUACGUUCUGGGAAUAUUUUUGCUUCUUCUCUCAAUUAAAUAUCUGAAAGCGAUCGCCGUGGUCGUUCUGCUCUUGAUCGUCUCGUCCUGGUUCACCACCUUCUCCAAGGCCUACGCCAACGAUUACAUAGCCAGGAUCCAAGAGCCGUUUGCCCUUUUCGACGAGCUGUACGACAAACCCUGGCUAAGAGCUGGUCCUUACUUUGUCGGGAUAAUCACUGGUUACAUUUUGUUCAAAACGAGCUGCAAAUUGAAAUUACCGCUGAUUGCACGAUUGAUCGGCUGGAUAUUGUCUUUCGCCAUAAUGUUUUCGCUGGUUUACGGCCUAUACCCCGGAAAUUUAACGGUGACGGUGAGUUCCGUUUACGCCGCCUUGGGUCACACAGCAUGGGCGAUAGGAGUAUCCUUCAUCGUGAUUCAAUGCUGCACCGGAUCCGCCAGAAUGAUCGACAGCCUGUUGUCACUUAGGCUGAUGUAUCCGCUCUCGCGGUUAACUUACUGCGCCUACCUGGUGCAUCCUGUCAUCAUGAUGGUCACCGCCACCCAAAUGGAUGGCCCGCUCCACCUUCACAACGACGUCGUGUUGAUUCUGUACUUCGGCAAUCUGGUCGCCUCGUACUUGAUGUCAUUCUGCAUCUCCAUGGCGCUCGAGGCGCCUGUAGUCAAUCUCUUGAAGAUCGCUUUUACCUCGAAGAAGAGGAUCAGGUAGAGAAAGAUCGAACGUGGCGGAUCUCGUGAUCGAUAACGGAAUAAUGGAGUCUAUGAUGCCGUCCACGCGAUAGACACUCCAUUCGUAGAAGAAUCUUAUCGAUUUCAUGAUUCCCUCAGGAAAUAAUCGCGGCCCGCUGACAAAAGGAAAACGGUACGGGCCAGGUGUUUCUCGAUGAAACCUCUUUUCGUGGAUUCGUUCUACCCGAUAAUGCCAAAC